CAGGCGUCGCUGCGGCGCCGGACGCGCUCCUCGGCCGAGGCGGAACUGCGGCGGCGUGCAGCGUCUCAUCUGCGCACGAAGCCGCCUCUGAGCUCCGAUGUGCGCCGUCGGGCGUCUGCGGGCGUCGGUGCGCCAACGCCUGAGCGCCGCGGCGGAGGACUUCCUGCUGAGGCUGCAGGCAGAAGACGAAGGAGACGCCUGGCGACUUCCGCGGCUCAGGGCGCUGCUCAGCGAGCGGCUGGCGGCGGCCGCGGACGACAUCGUGGCGCUGCUGGAGGGAGGAGGCGGCGGCGGCGUGCGGGCGGACUGCGAGCCUCGCGGCCGGGGGACGACGCACAGUCCGCCGCAGUCAGAGCGUGAACAGGAAGUGCAGCAGGUCAUUGUGGGAAAAGAGGAAGAGGAGGAGUCUGCGCACAUCAAAGAGGAAGAGGACGACGUUGCCAUGGUUUCCGUGAAGAGCGAGGAGGACGGAGAGGAUGAGGCUCAGUCUCCCGCCGACCUCCAGAGCGACGGCAGCGACGAAGAGUGGAUCCGCUCAGACGCCGCCGCCGCCCCCGCCCCGGAGACGAGUCCCGGAGCGGCCGGUGGCGGAGGGGGCGGGGCAUCCACCACCUGCUCCGAGUGCGGCAAAAGCUUCCUGAACGCCCUUCGCCUGAAAAGACACAAGAAGACGCACUCGGGAGAGAAACCCUACGUGUGCUCGGUGUGCGGGAAAAGCUCCCGGCAGAAAGGCGACCUGGUCAAGCACAUGCGCACGCACACGGGGGAGAAACCCUUCCGCUGUUCGGUGUGCGGCAGCAGCUUCAUCCACGGCCAGGCGCUGGCGCAGCACGCCAGGACGCACACGCAGGAGAAACCCUUCAGCUGCUCCGUGUGCGGCGAGACCUUCGCCCGCAAGGACUACCUGAAGACGCACACGCGCCGGCACACGGGGGAGAAACCCUUCUCCUGUCCCUUCUGCGCCAAGAGCUUCCGCCAGCGCGUGAACAUGACGUCGCACGUGCGCGUGCACACGGGCCACAAGCCGUACGCCUGCUCCGUCUGCGACAAGAGCUUCUCCGUCAAAGGCAACGUGCGGAUCCACAUGAGGACGCACACGGGGGAGAAACCCUUCAGCUGCGCCGUGUGCGACAAGGGCUUCACUCAGAAGGUCAACCUGCUGAGCCACAAGUGUGCCGGCGGACCGAUGAGCUGCUAGAACUUUCCUCUGGAUGAAGCAUGUGCAAUAAUAAAAAAUACUAAAACCAAAGCAAAA